AUGGUUUAAGAACAACGAGUGUAAGUUUCUUGAAUCAGAAAAUGUCGAAUAAUGAAAUAAAAUCUAGAAAAAUCGGAGAAAAUGCUGUAAAUCAACGUGAGUCGACGUAAAGUCAAAAAGGGGCGAUCCGUAUUCAUUAGACGUUCGGUCGCGCAGUCAACCAUUGCAGUGAGUUUCUUCUCCUCCAUUUUUUCGAGAAUAAAAAAUGAUUUAGAAAUGAUCUCCAUAUCAGGCUUGUUGGUGGUGCUGCUGGCGUCAGCGAUUUACGCCCUGGAGCAUGAUAAUUUUAAAGUGAGAGUUUUUUUCAUUUUGUAAACUAGGUUUUUGGACACGCCCUCUUAGCAACCCAAGCUAGCAGUGAAUAGACUAUGUUUUUACGGCUGUGUUGCGUUCAGUUCUCUUUUUUUGUCUCGCUUAGUUUCCUCAAGACUUUUUCUAAUCUCUUUACUCAGCCAUGUAUACUAUUGUUUUUGAACCCUUUAUCAUCUCAAGAAAAGAUUUAUAAUCGAUUUUAAGGUGACGCUCGCAUUCCGACAAACUUGUGCAAAGUCCGGACCUUUGGUGGUGGCUUACGUGCGACUAGUCGGCACGGACUCGUCGAACCGAAUCCUCGGCGUCGCGUACUGUGAAAACUCCGAUUUCAGCGACGCCGUCAAGCAGCUCGAUCUCUCGUGCCAUUACAACGGGGUCUGAAACUUUUAUCCUCAAAGUAGGGGGCUGGGAGGAAGUGCUUCGAAAUGAAGAUCGAUAAAUUCAGGAAUCGGUUGCUUUUUUUAAUCUUUCUGGCAUUACUAUAGUGAUAGAAACUUGAAAAUUUUUAAAUUUAAGGGCCUUUUUCUGAUGAUAUAAUGGAGAAAGUAAGACAUACGAAUUAAAAGGCUCAAAAUAAAGACGAAAAAGGCAAAAUCGGUUGCUAUUUUCAUUCUUUUUGGCAGCACUAGUGACCGCCAGAAGCUGGAUACCUCUGAAAAUGACUGACCUUAUUUUAAGGGGUUCUUUCUGAUGAUAUAAAGAAAAAAGAAAGCCUGUGAGAGGAAAAGCUUCAAAAAUGAGAAAACCAAGCCGGAAAAAGUCGUUUUUUGGCCUUUUUUGGUCGUUUCAAAAGCACUAGAGCGCCAGAAGCUUGUAAUUAAUCGAUAUAACUUUUACUCCAUCACAGCGGGAUCUCUUUAUAUUAUCAAUAUCAAAAAAAGAAAGCCUGUGAGAGGAAAGGCUUCAGAAAACCAAGCCGGAAAAAAAGUCGUUUUUUUGGCCUUUUUUUGGUCGUUUCAAAAGCACUAGAGCGCCAGAAGCUUUGAAAUUCUCAAAAUUAAUUUUUUUGCGCCAUAACGGCGGGAUCUUUUUUAUAUUAAUGUUAUCAAGAAAAAAAGAAGCCCUGUCAGGGAAACGCUUCAAAAUUGAGAAAACCAAGCCGGAAAAGUCGUUUUUUUGGCCUUUUUGGUCGUUUCAAAAAGCACUAGAGCGCCAGAAGUUUAAAAAUUAUCGAAAUUAAUUUUUUUGCGCCAUAACGGCGGGAUUUCUUUAUAUUUAUAUUAUCAAGAAAAAAGAAUGCCUGUGAGUGGAAAAGCUUCAAAAUUGAGAAAACCAGGGCAUAAAAAGUCGUUUUUGGCCUUUCGGGUCGUUUUAAAAGCACUAGACCCCCAGAAGCUUGAAAUUCUCAAAUUUAAUUUUUGCGCCAUAACGGCGGGAUUUCUUUAUAUUUAUAUUAUCAAGAAAAAAAGAAGGCCUGUGAGUGGAAAAGCUUCAAGAAAAAGAAAAUCAAGCCUGAAAAAGACAUAGUCAGUCGUUUCUACAGCACUAGAGAACACAAUGAAUUUUAACGACCCUCACACGAAUUUUAGAAAAAUUCGCAACUUGCAGGAAUCUUGCGAGAAGUGCACGUUCGGCGCGGUGAUCGCGGCUCGGCUCAAGUCUAAGCAAAUCGAUCAUAACAUCUUCUACGGUCACAAUAGUCAGCUUAUCAAAAUGACCAAUGUGAUUCUUUUUUUUUUUUUUUUACAUUUUCCUUGUUCAUAUUUCGAUCCUCGGGACGGCUUAUUGUUUUUGGGUAUUUCAGGCUUUCUAUUUGGUUUAGGUGGAUAUGAAUAUAUUUUUUAAAAAAUCGGAAAAUGAAGCAGAAAAUGAUAGGAAAGUCUCUAAUUUUAAUGUUUUUUUUGAGGGACAUGGGUUCUCUGAAAGCUUGUUGCGAAAAUACAAAAAAGACAAUUUUUGGUUUCACGGAAAUGUUCUGAACGAAUAAUUCACGUUUUUCCUUUCAUUUCUUAUCAGCCUCAUAACGUUCAGAUUACUUUCUAGAAACGCUAGAGUGGCUCCUAUAGGGGCAACCUUCCUAGAAGGACCACGUUACCUCUCCAUGAAACUUGCAAAAGUGGGCCCUUUAGGGGAGAACGCUGGUUUUUUUUUAUCGUUCUGAGAAGGAUGCCAAAAACUCGGUAAAUUGGAUUUUUUUUGAAUGGAAAAUUUCAACAUAGGGUUAGUCAAUCAAUUUCCAUUAAAUAUGUUUUUUUUAAUUUUUACGUCGUAAAAAGAUUUGAAGUAUCCCAUGGGGCCACUUAAGGGGUCUAGGGUUCAAAGUAAAUUUCCUAUAGGAAGCAUUAUUUUGUCCUUUAUAGUGGCUGAUUUCCCCCCAUAACCCUAGAAGGACAUCUGGCGUUUUGAAGAUUCGAUCAUUUUAUUUUUCAUCAUCAUUUUUGAAAAGAAAUUGCCAAAUUACUGGUUUAUAAACGAAUUUGCAGGACGACGCCGAUCCCGGCAACAUUCAAUACUUCCCCGGCAUGACCUACAUGGAUCUGGAGUCGAUCACUCAUAACGCCGGAAGCAAUCCGUGAGAUUUUUUUUGUGUUUCAUUCGAAAAGAGAAUUCAGCAUGACUACCGUGAUUUUCAAUUGACUUUUUGAUUUUUUUGUCGAGAUGUAUUUAAGGACUACAAUUUCAGAGCUUCAGAGUGGUCUCUGUAGGCGUUUGGAGGAUCCCCUCUAGGGACCACUUUGUUAAUCCCUUUAGGAGCCACUAAAGCUUGCAAAAGUGGUCCCUUUAGGGGACAUGCUAGUCGAUAAAUGUUAUGAAAGGGCAUCUUCAUGGUAAAAGCUGAAUAAAUGAGCGUUUUUGAAUGAUAUUGAAAGACCCCUAUAGGGUCCACUUGAGCUUUAAGGGGUCAGACCGUAAAUCCUUAUGGGGACCACCUUAAUCUUACCCCUAGAGGUCCUAUUUUUGGCCCCUAUAGAGACCACUGUGUAACUCCUAAGAAGCUGAGAGGUUGUAUCUAUAAAUAAAAAGUUGUGGAUUUUUUUUCUCAAGUUUUAGACGUCAAAAUUCUAUUUUUUGUCUUGUUCCAGUGGAACUUACAAAUCGAAGUCGGCGAGCUGCGGCGCCAACAGCCAUUCCAUGUUCAACCACGGCUAUUAUCGUGCCGAUUUCACGAGUAAGUUUUCGAGGAAAACGCUUUAAAAACCGAAAGAAUUAGUUGGGAUUCACUUGAGAAUCUUCUUUACAAGGACGAGGAAACGCCUCGAAACCGUUUUUUCAACAAAAAAAAGGCGUCAUUUUGGUGGCGUGAAGGGGCGGGGCUUUGCGCUCCCUAGUUAUUAGCUCAAAUUUGAACUGGAGAUUGAGAAAGACUUCUUUUUUUUUAAACUAGUUCCAAUCAUUCGAAAAAACUGUGAGAAUUUUAGUGAGAUUGGAAGUUUUAGUGACCACUAUGGUAGUCGAAUUAGUGGCCACUUGAGUGGCUGAAAAUUAGUGGUCGCUUUAGAAUUGUUAGUGCUACUACUAGGCCACUAAAAAUCACUAUGGUGGUCAUUUAGGCGUAAAAUAGUGACUUCUUAAGGAGGGGGGGGGUUUAGUAGUCGCUAUAGUGGUCGCAUUAGUGGCCACUUGAGUGGCUGAAAAUUAGUGAUCACUUUGAAGUUUUAGAGCUACCACUAGACGACAAAAAACCACUAUAGUGGUCAUUUAGACGCAAAAUAGUGACUUCGAUAGGGGUAGGGGUGGUUAUAGUGGCCACUUUAGCGUCCUCCCCAAGUAGUCUUUGAGAAGCUUCUUAAGUGACCAGUGUUCCCAGAAGUAUCUUUUUUUAUUCAUAAUACGUGGACUGCCCUUUUCCAGCCUUUUUGCCCCCCCGCCCUAAAAAAAUUAGACAAUGUACUGAAAAUGACCGCUUUUUUUUUCAAGGGAUCCAGCCCAAGAAUAUCCUCUGUAAAAAUUGAAUUUCUCUCUUUUCAGACUCGCAUUUCUCUUUGUCCCGCACCUACUACGACAUCUACCGCGUCACCGGCUACUUUACCUGA